AUGUUACAAUACCACUUUUCGAGCAGCCCUCAUUACUUUUCUCCUCCUUUUUGGUUUAUACAAUUCUUCAAAAUUAUAUUGAAAUUUUUCCAGAAAGUACGUCAUCCUGGUGUCGUUGAUUUCCUGCAAAUGCUUGAGACUCCUGAUCGGAUAUUUGUGGUUAUGGAAAAGUUGAAGGGUGACAUGUUGGAAAUGAUAUUAUCCAGCGAAAAAGGACGACUAAGUGAACGAAUCACACAGUUCCUUGUUGCCCAGAUACUGAUAGCACUACGAUAUCUGCAUAAUCAAAAUAUCGUCAAACUUUGUGACUUCGGAUUUGCUCGAAUCAUUGGCGAAAAGUCGUUCCGAAGAUCCGUAGUGGGAACUCCAGCCUAUCUCGCUCCCGAAGUGCUUUGUAAUAAAGGCUUUAAUCGUUCGCUGGAUAUGUGGAGCGUUGGAGUGAUCGUUUAUGUUAGUCUCUCCGGCACAUUCCCAUUCAACGAGGAUGAGGACAUUGUUGAUCAAAUUCAAAACGCUGAAUUUAUGUAUCCACCAAAUUUAUGGAAGGAGAUUGGCAAUAAUGGUAAGAGUUACUCAUAA